UCCGUGUGCUUCUUCCUCCCGCUGCCCCUCUCAAUAUCCAAGCUAUCCCCCCUGCCCCGUACUAAAUGCCUCCCUUCUUCUCUUACACCACUCUCCCCUAUCAACUCACGGAGGGCCCUUAUCCUAUGCACGAGUUCUCGGAGUAUUUGGUGGAACUAACUGACGUGGAACCGCUGCCCUUCGCAGACGAAGACACGUGGGAGUUGCACCGUGCGCUGUACCAGUCGGUGGCGUUGAGGAUGUUCCGAUUCUUCGUGGAUCACGAAUACCGCUGUGUCGGGACGCACUUCGUUGUCUACUACGUCAUCACGCGGCCCAAGCCAAUGCAGAUGGAGGGGACGGUGGCGCUGUACCCAUUCGUCCAGCUCAAGACGAUGGAUCCGGGAUUGUUACAGCUCAUACAUCUUGAGCUCCUAUCCAUUGGGCAAGUGAUUGCGAGCGAGGAAGAGGAGAUCCAGCCACGAUUGCGGACAGCGGCUGACCCACAGAGAACGUUCAACGCGGUCGUCAUCCCGGAUUACAUUGCGCAGCGUGAGGAGAGGUUGGAGGACUUCCCGGAGGAAAAGCUGUUGCGGCCUCCCUCGUCGUAUCCCAGACCGGCGCCGCCAAAGGCCCCCAAGAAGACGCCGAAAAGGAAGAGACGCCACCCGUCGCUAGGAGUGCAGGGCAGCAGAAUCGGUGACGGUGAGGAGGUGGUUCAGCCCGUGCGCACGCGGAAUCUUGACCCGGUGCCCGGGAGUGCGGCGACGCCGGUUAAGGAGACCGUCGUGCCAUCACCGCCCUUCCCCCUCGUGCCCGAUCUCAAUCUGGAUGGAGCCGGGCCAUCAGCCGCAGCAGCCGGAGGAGGGAGCCGAAUGCGAUUACCGGAUCCCGCGUAUGAUGUUCUGCUAGGCAUUCCAUGGCAGGCGGCGGUUGGAGCGCGAAUGCACCUUGACAGCUGAAAGGUGGUGCUCACAUCGGCCCACCCCAAACCACAAAUGAUACCAAUGAGAUUGGCGGUGCGUAUGCGCACCCUGCCGGCGCCUCGAAUCACCACGAAAGCCCAACAAAUCAAUAUGAUUCGA